AGAAGAUCUUCUCCCAUGAAACUGAUACCUAUUUCAUUCAAAGUUCAAAUCAUCGGACGCGGUAGACCGCAUUGUACCAGUGUUGCUGAUCACUCUCGACCAGCUCAUCGUUUAGCAAGGCUGUUCGCGGUUUCCAAGAUGGAAAAUAUGUUCAGUACGUCCGGAGAGAAAGAGACUGACGAAAAACUUUUGCAGCCUUUUACUUAUAUCAUGCAAGUGCCUGGCAAACAAAUUAGGGCUAAACUUGCCCAUGCAUUUAAUUAUUGGCUGAAAAUACCAUCCGACAAAUUGGCUGUUAUUGGAGACAUAGUUCAAAUGUUACAUAAUUCUAGUCUCUUAACUGAUGAUAUCCAGGACAAUUCAGUAUUAAGACGAGGAAUACCUGUUGCACAUUCAAUCUACGGUGUUGCUAGUACAAUUAAUGCUGCAAACUAUAUGUCGUUUGUUGCAUUAGAACGAACUCUAAGCUUAGGACAUCCAAUGGCCACCACUGUAUACACUGAACAAGUGUUAGAACUUCACCGUGGCCAGGGAAUGGAAAUUUAUUGGCGUGAUAAUUAUACUUGUCCCACUGAAGAAGAAUACAAAAAAAUGACCAUCAGAAAAACUGGAGGCUUAUUUAUGCUUGCUAUUAGACUUAUGCAAUUGUUCAGUGAUAACACCAAUGAUUUCAACAAACUUACUGGAAUAUUAGGAUUGUAUUUCCAGAUUCGAGAUGAUUAUUGUAACUUAUGUUUGCAAGAGUAUUCUGAAAAUAAGAGUUAUUGUGAAGAUUUAACAGAAGGAAAAUUUAGUUUUCCUAUCAUACAUGCAAUUCAUACUCAUCCUGAAGAUAAACAAGUGAUUCAUAUUCUUAGACAGCGUACAAGGAAUGUUGACGUGAAAAAAUACUGUGUAAAGUUGUUGGAUAAUUUUGGUUCAUUUGAACAUACAAGGAAAGUUUUGACCCAGUUGGAUGCUGAUGCUCGUUCAGAAGUGGAAAAUCUCGGUGGUAAUCCACUGAUGAUUAAGAUAUUAGAUGGGCUUAGAACGUGGUCAUAUAAUUUUGAUGAAAAUACUAACAACUAAUUAUAUUUUUCAAAUUUAAUACUUAAAUUCCCAUAAUUACUAUGACCAACUGUUCUCAAUUUGUUUAGAAUAAUUUUUUAUAGUUGUAUAGGUGGUAAUUCAUUAUGUCAUAGUGUUAUAGAACUUAACUGAACUCAUUGAUCAUUGUUUAGAAUUUUCUAAAUAAUUUUUGGGUUUAUUAUUGUUUUUUUUGUCCUUUCAAUUGCGUCAAUUAAAAAAAAUUGAGAAAUCUUGCAGUCCUUUGAUCAUUAUUCUUGUAAACCUUAUUUUAUCAUUGCAUGGCAAUCAAUAGCUGUAACAUCAAAUAUAAUAUAUGCCAAUCCUAAUUUAACCAAUUUAAAAUUUAAGUACUUAAAUAUAAAAUAUUGUCAAUGUUUUUGUAUUGAAACAUUUUAGAAUAUUAUAAUAAUUUAGUCUUCCAGUUUAUUAAGAAAACGUGAACAUUGUAUUUU